AUGGAGAUCAACGGUGAAGAUUAUGAUCAUGGUAAACAAGUGGUUCAUCUGUCCUUCAUAUAUGUUGGACAUACACAUGAAGAUGUCGAUGCAGCGUUGAGUAAAAUUUCGGAGAAACUAAGAACUACAGAUGCAGAGACAUUGGAUGACCUAAUUGCACUGCUUCCAAAACCUGAGGAAAUUCUACACAUGUUUGAUGUGAAGAACUGGCUAGCUCCUCAAAUUGCUGAUAUUGAAAAACAUUCAGAGCCAUUACACUUUAAAUUUGUAAAGAAAAAUGAAGAAGUUCAAGUGUAUUUUAAAGGACAAAAUAUUGAUCCAUGGUGUGAACUUAAUGGGAAUAUUCUUACUUCAAUUCCAAAUGGACAGCCCACAACAAUAAAACCAGAUUAUAGCCAUAUCAAUAUUGAAAGACAAUCAAAACAAAUAGAAUGUUUACAUUCAUUGUUUAGGAAACAGGGAACAAUAUCAAAGUGGGAGAGGUUUUUUAACGUUCUGCAAACAACUGGAAGAAUUUCCGUAGCAAAUCAACCUUGGUUUCUAGACUGUUUACCGAGGCAGUCACAAAAUGUCAACUUCGAAGAUGUAAUCCCCCCAGAAGUUAGAGAACUAAUUCUAAAGGAAACAAAAGUUCCCAAGUUUAGAAUACGAAAAAGGCAGAGCAAGAAUAAAGAGGCUCGGCAGACAACAAAGAAAACGAACAAGGCAAAUCAAAGACCAAAACAACAUAAAUCACAGAUGAUAUUAAGAAGCAUGUUUGGCUCAUGAUUUUUAUCGAUCUACUUCUAACAUGUAUUAUGAUGAUCCUUGUGUGUCUUAUUAUUUUGAGAUUGUUUAGACUUCUUUGUUUGUUGGAAGUACUUUAUGAACUGAAUUUCUUGUUUUCAUGUUUGAUUUCUGUUCAUGUUGGGUCAACUGCAUCCUAUGCUCAUCAGGAAUUAUUGAAUAAUGUGGUAAAUUGUGAAUCUAUCUUAGUCUGUUAGCUAUAUUAUUGUGAUUGACAGUUGAGAUUUUAACAUAAUUUUUUUUUGUGACAUUUAAAUUCAGACAUUUACCACAGUAAGUGAAAUGGAUGUUAUUUUAUCAAGUUUCCUUGUUUGUGAAAAGAGAAAUCUUUUGAAUGAUUUUGUCAGAAAUUUUACACAUGGUAUAUGCAGAUAAAAACUUUUUAAAUAACUUGUUAUAAAUCUGUCUAAAAUGGUAAGAUGCAACUAGCUUCAGCUAGCUCCCUAGAAUAUGGUUUUUGAUCUAAGUAUAUCAAUAUUUAUUGAAUCAUAAUUAUAUUGCAAAUAUAUAUACACUACAGUAGUCACAUAUUCUGUAAUGAUUGCUAUAAAAAUAACAUUCACAUGCAUAUCAUGUACUGUGAUUCUUCUGAUUUAAAGCAAAUUCUUCAUAUCAGUUCUGCAUCAUGCAACACAAUAGCUGGAUGAGCAAUAUA